GCGACGAACGGCUACAACGGUAAUGGAUUCCACACUUCAGAGGAGCCGAAACCGCGACCGUCCCCUUCGGCCGCCUUUACGCCGAAGGCGACGGCAGGCGAAGGAGGAGAGAAGGCUCCAGAAGCACCCUCGUCUCCGACAGAGCCGGCGAUACCUGAGGGGCAACUCUUCACGGCCGCGCAAGAAUUCCAUGCAGUCGGCCAGGGCGAGCUUGGCCUGAGCAUCGGCGAUGUGGUGCGGCUUCUCAUGGAUCCGCAGGUGGGUACCGGGCAG